AUGGACAAGAAGUAUCUUGAAGCUUUGAAUUUGGCAUGGAAAGAUGAUACUAAUGAUUCAAAGCAUGACAGAGAAGUACUUGAAAAUCUUUUGCCUCAUACAAACUUGAAAAGGCUUUCCAUUUAUGGAUAUGGGGGUACAGCAUUCCCAAAUUGGUUGGGGGAUCAUUCUUUCUGCAACAUGCUAAGUAUAAGACUUGUUGAUUGUAAAUAUUGCAACAGUUUGCCACGACUUGGACAGCUCCCCUCUCUCACAACUCUUCAUAUUGAACAACUCAGUGGAGUGGUGAGUGUGGGUGCUGAGUUCUAUGGUUCUUCAGAGAGAAAGGCAUUUGCAUCAUUGAAAUUCUUAAGCUUCCAUAAAAUGUCAAACUGGGAAAAAUGGUCUUCAUUUGAAGUUGAAGAUGGUGAAGUUUUUCCCAACCUCCAAAAACUAGAAAUAAGAGGAUGCCAUAAGUUGAUGAAUGUUGAUUGGCCUCGCAACCUUCCAUCUUUAACAGAGCUUAACAUUUAUGAAAGUGAGGUUCUCCUUUCGUCACUGCCAAGGACUCCAGCAAUCCGUAAGUUGAAUUUAGGCAAGUGUGAAAAGCUACAGCUACAAGAACUGCCACAAACAGUGGAAUGGAUUUCAAUUGGUGGAUGUCAUGGUGUAGAAUCAUUUAUCGAUAUAUUAAGGGAAAGCCCAAGUAGGUGUCAUCUUCAAUAUCUGGGUAUUCACGAUUGUUCAUCCCCAAUUACAUUUCCUACCGCAUGUUUGCCAACUACCUUGACAGAAUUAAAAAUCAAGAACUGUGAGGAACUAGAAUUCCCAAUGCACCACUCACUCAAAACCUCAUCCAUUCAAAAGGUUUCUAUAAUUAAUAGUUGUGGUGGUUCUGGCUCACUUAAAUUCGUUCCCCUGGAUUUCUUUCCCAACCUCAAGAAGCUCCUUAAAAUUACGAGCUGUAAAUAUUUAGAAUCUCUCAAGUUGCCGGAUGGGCAGUUAUGCCAGAACCUAACAACUCUGAUAAUUGGCGGCCCCAAUUUCAUAUCUUUUCCAAAAGGAGGAUUGCAUGCCCCAAAUCUGAUUCAGCUUCGUGUUCAAUAUUGCAAGAAACUAAAGAUGCUGCCCGAACAAAUGCAUAACUUCCUUCCAUCUUUGGAAGCUUUGUGGAUCUCUAACUGUCCAGAGGUGGAGUCAUUUCCUGAAGGUGGUCUGCCCUCUAAUCUGGUUGAACUUCUUGUUCUCAACUGCUCGAAACUGAUUGCUGGCCGAAUGAAGUGGAAUUUGCAAAAACUCCAAGCUCUUAGAUGGUUUGUAAUUAAAGAUGAUGAUGAACGUGAAGGUGAAAGUGCAGGUGUGGAAUCGUUUCCGGAGGAGGGGUUGCUGCCUUCCACUGUUGAACAUCUUAACAUCAUGGGAAUUGGGAGUCUUAAGAGACUGGACAUAAAGGGGCUUCAACAACUCACCUCUCUCACUGCUUUAUUUAUCCAAUGCUGCCCUCAAUUACACAAGUUGCCAGAAGAAGGGCUGCCUACCUCUCUUCCUCAUUUAUAUAUUGAGGAAUGUCCAUUGCUGAAAGAAAGAUGCCAGAAGGAGAAAGGGCAAGACUGGGCCAAGAUUUCUCACAUCCCGAUAAUUCAUAUCGACAGAGAGCGUAUUUGA